AAAACAUGGCGCAUUAAUACGUUCUAUCGCGCGUGGCAUAUUUCAAGACAUGGAUUUUUUGAAAAUGCUGAGAAAACAAAAAGUAGUUAAACGUUUUUACAGAAACUUUAUGUUAUAAGUAUAUAUAUGUCAGAACAACAACUCAAUGGGAAAAGCUACUGUACAUCUUGACCAAAAUGAUUGUCUAUCAACAAGUAAACAACAGGAGACAAAGUCCAUCAAACUUCUAUCAGAAAGUCCAGCAAAACCGAAGCUUAGUUUUGAAGAUCAGUUGACGUUUGUGCCUACAUUGAACCCAACAAGUCUAAAGCUUGCAAUGAACAAUCGAACUUCAAUUGUACAAAGAAGAAAAAAAGAAAAACAUCAAAAAAUCAACUCCUGUUUUUUAUUUCAACCUAAAGUUAGUGACGGAAGCAAUAAAAUUGCAGCCAAAUUAAAAAUUGGAUUCUGGGAAAGACAAAACAUUCACAUGCAGCGUCAGAAGCAGAUGAUUGAACAAGGACCAAGUACAGUACAUCCAAACCUCCGUCAUUCACCUGUACAAACCAAAGACAUAGAAGGUGUGACCAGGGAUGUGAAAAGUUCAGAUAAUCUUAAACAAAUUAUGAUUAAAGAGAAAAUUAAAGAAGAGGGAAGAAAAAAACAAAAAAUGUCGAAAAGUUUUGACUCUGCAGAGCUUUACAGAUCAAAAAGAACAAAAAGUAAUAUGGCGCCCUCUUUGAAAGAACCAUCUGCUACAAAACCUUCAGAAGUUGCACAAUGCAAAGAAAGGCAUCAAGAAUUAUCAAAUAAUACAUUCUGCCCAACUGCACCGCCUAGGGAAUCAGAGAGAAAACAUCAAAACACAAUAGUUAAAAACAAUGUUUUUCCAGACUUAAAAAGUUCAGGUAAAGAUCAAUCAAAAUUAAAGGAAAAUUCUCAGCGUCUGAGUGAUGAGAUGUUGGCUAAGCGUCGUGUCCGUAGCUUUACUUUCCCUCAACGAACGGAAGAAUUGGACGCUAAGCAUCAACAUAUGUUGAACAUGAAGAAAAUUUCCACUGAGGCUGUAAAGAACAAAAAAGUAUUCGUCUGCAAUGGUCCGUAUGCCACAUUGCGAGCAGCCCUGCGAAGGCGUGGUUGGAUUGAGAAAAAAUUUAAGCAAGACGAAAUGCUUAAACUGGACAACAAAAUUGAAGAAAGCCAAACCAGUGAGAAUAUUCAGGAAAACAGCUUUUUGUGUGAUGGCCAGUACGGUAUAAUGUCACGAAUGGUAAGAAACUCGAAACCUUCUUUUAUAUGGACACUACGCAACGAUGAAAUUCGUCAUCAGUAUUUAGAUAAAGAUCAAAUUGUGAACCAUUACUCGUCUGCCGGUUCUUUUACAACAAAAUCCGGUCUGUGCUCUAGUCUGAAAAACGUGCAUCACUUUGUUGAGACGGAUUCUCUCGCGUUUUUUCCUCGAUGUUAUCGAUUAUGUUGCUUAGAAGAACAAGAGGGUUUCAUACAAGACUUUCGUAUAACAGCGAUUACAAGCGUUUUAAAAAUUGUUAUUUUAAACAAAGAGAUGUGGAGGGAAAUGGAAACAAAUAAAGAUGAAGAAGAAAAAAAUUCUUUAAGCGGUGAGAGCGAAAAGAGGAAGAAUACAAAAAAGGUGAAGUUUCUACCAUCAAGUGUCAUGCUACUUGUGAUGAAGGAGUGUCACAAAUUCCUCGAUUUAAAACAACACCUGCGAAUAGAAGAAGACUACGUACAGGAUGAUCAAGACAUGGAUGAAAUUAAUUGGAGAAGAAUAGUUAAACAUUACUACGAAAUAGCACACCAAGGUGCUGUGGUAACUGACGCCUGGUUACACGCUGAAGAAUGUGAAAAUGUUGUAAAACAGAUGGAAAAAUAUUGCCCUCAAAUUACCAUUGAUGGAUGCCAAAAUUUAUGGAUUUUAAAGCCUGGUGCCAAAUCACGUGGAAGAGGGAUUGAGAUAAAAAACCGAUUGGAUGAAAUCUUAAAUGUGGUUGGUAAUAUAUCGAAUAAAGAAAAUAAAUGGGUGAUUCAAAAGUACAUAGAACGUCCGUUUCUCGUGUAUCGAACAAAAUUUGAUAUUCGACAAUGGUUUCUCGUCACGGAUUGGAACCCAUUGAUGUUGUGGUUUUAUCAAGACAGUUACAUCAGGUGUGUCCCCUGUUUGUCUAUGUUGCUAGCCUCCUGUUUUUGUUGCUUCUGUUCUGCUGGAAUCGAUCGAUCUAUUCAUUCAUGCAUUCUUUCAUUUAUUUAUUCGCUCAUUCCCAGAUUCUGUGGCCAAGAAUUUACUUUGGACAACCUCGAUGCGCAAUUUCAUCUCUCCAACAAUUCAAUACAAAAACAUUAUGAAGUGGGAGAAAGAUCGGAAUAUUUACCAGAUUUUAACAUGUGGACCAGUGAAGAAUUUAAAAUGCAUCUGCUGAAAAGAGGGUACGAGUCAGCUUGGGAGGAAGUUAUCUAUCCUGGUAUGAAAAAUGCCAUCAUAGCAGUGUUGCAGUCGUGUCAAGACUCAUUAGAGUAUCGAAAAAACGCGUUCGAAUUGUACGGAGCCGAUUUCAUGUUAAGCGAAGAUUUACAACCAUGGUUGAUCGAAAUCAACUCCAGCCCAGCAUUGGGAGCUAGCACGCCGGUAACCGAAAUUUUGUGUCGUAAUGUUAUAGAGGAUACGUUGAAAGUUGUUCUCGAUCGGCGUGAGAAUAAGUUAUGUGAUACUGGUAGAUUCGAACUUGCGUUUAAACGCCCCUAUGUUGUAAUACCGAGUUAUAUGGGUUGCACUAUAGCAGUUGAAGGAACAUCUUUAAAGAACGUUAACAGAACUAGAAUAAAACCAAUGGAAACAAGAGUCAAACCAGAUGACAGCGCCAUGUCAAUAACAGCCACAAAGGAAGGAAAUCUUGUCAAAAAAAGUUUGGCAGAGCCUAAAAAGAAUGAUGUAAAAACUCAAAGAGGCACAUCAAAAUCCACGUUUUCGAGUAAAGACCUGGGGUCAUUAGUUGAUGUGCAACCAUUAUUAAACGCAGAGAAUGCGAAAGAAAAGCAGUUUUCUCAAACAUCUGGUGAAAUGAAAUGUUUCUCACCCAGUAAACUUAAUAUUGUCAUCCAAGAAUUAAAAAGCGAGGCAGAUCAAGUCAAUAUGAAAUAUCACAACGUUACGGUCGCCGAAUUAUUUCAAACUAAGACAGGCGAAGAUAAAAAUAUAGGUAUCGAAAUGUUAAAUCCAGUGAAACUUCAUUCGAGAUGUUGUAGUCACUGCAGCGAAACCGAUGAAGUAAGCAUGGACCUGCCUGUACAUAAAAUAGAAUCGUACGACAUAAAAAAACUAAAGACUCCUUUUCUAAUGCAAGAUAUAAAAGGAAGAAUGGAGAAAAAGAAGCCUUGCGGAAAGAACACCAAACAAUAUGGUAUUUUAGCUGCGAGAGAUAUUACUGGAAUCAAAAUAAAAGACAAUUAUGCGCCAGUUAUUGUAAAUCGCUAUGACAAAAGUAGAGUGCAAGAUAUUUAUGUGAAAGCAGGUUGUAAUAUACAGGUAAAAGAUGCAGGAUAAAAAGGGUGUAUUUUAUUUUUGCCAACUACAGAAUUUUUUGUAGAAAUUUUCACGCGUCAUAUCACUCAUUAAGUUAAAAUAUUUCGA